UAAAAGAUGGGAAAUGACAUGUCAAGAUUGUAUAAAUAAAUUGUCAAAAUCGGUGAACAUGACUAAAAUGACAUUGUUAAUUAGUAUUGCACAUAUGCAUUCAGAUACAUAACGUCACGCAUAUGAACAUGUGAGAAUAUAUAGCCCGUGAACAUUGAAGAUGUCAAAAGCUUGACCUAACAGGAAACUCCAUGGAAGCAACUACCUUCCAAGACAAGCAACAACAACUAACGUAACGUUCUUAUCAUUUUCCAUCCACCUAACCAGAGUUCUCUCUCUAUAUAUAAUAUAUCUCUCCCUAACCAUCACCAAAACCAUUAAUCUCCCCCCAUACGCCAAAGUGUCUCUCUCCUCUAAAUACUAACAAUUCUCAAAGCCACCACAAUCGUCGCCGCCAACACCACCACCUCCGCCACCUCCGCCACCUCCGCCGCCACAGUCCAACAUGUCUCUUAGACCAAGACCAACACCUACCAAGCAACCAUCGAUAUCAGAUGCAGUUUCCAUUACUACCAACCCACCAACCUCCACCACCAGCUCCGAAUCGGAACCUGACACCCCGAAAAGCCCUCAACUACCACAACCCACCCUCUCCCAACGUGCCAUCUCCCAAACCCUAACAAGCACAGCAAACCUAGCCAACCUCCUCCCAACAGGCACCCUCCUCGCCUUCCAACUCCUCACCCCAAUCUUCACCAGCAACGGCUCUUGUGACUCCGCCACGCGCCCCAUGACCCUCAUCCUGCUCCUCCUCUUUGCCCUCUCAUGUUUCAUCGCGUCCCUCACCGACAGCGUCAAGGCCUCUGAUGGACAAGUUUACUACGGCCUGGCAACGACCAAGGGGUUAUUUUUGUUUGACUACCCGGAUGCCUCAGGUUCAGGUCUGCCUGAUUUGAGCAAGUACAAGAUAAGGUUCAUGGAUUUGGUUCAUGCAGUUUUGUCCGUGUUUGUGUUUGGAGCUGUGGCUUUGAGGGACAAGAAUGUUGUGGGGUGCUUCUACCCUACGCCUGGGCGUGAGACUCAGGAGGUUUUAGACAUUGUUCCAGUUGGUAUUGGGCUUAUUUGCAGCUUGCUGUUUGUGGUCUUCCCCACCAAAAGACACGGCAUUGGAUACCCUCUUACAUCUGGCAAAUAAAUUAUCAUUCGUUUUGUUGUUUUAACUUAAAAUUAAUUAAUCUUUUUAAUCACGUCUACCCCUCUGUUUUGCGUGGAAGGGUUGUUUAAUCUUUGUUGACAUCUCUCUUAAUUGAAUUAUUAAUUAAGUUUAGCUGAAAGUGCAAGGAACAUGUACAAUUGUCCUUUUUGGCAGAUCAUGAAUAAACCAAUGACAUGUGUAGUUUGAUUUGAUUCCUUCAA